ACUACAUAUUGUUUUAGUAAUUGAAAUUCAAUUUUUAGUAAAUAGAAAUAGCAGAAAACAAGACUAGAGUCUUUAAAAAAAUAACAAUAUUCCAAUUAGAACCAGAAAGGGCGUUUUAGCUUGAUUCCAUUGGAGAACCUUUUUACUUUUUAAUAGUUCUUUAGAACACAGCCAUAUGCUGGUGUUUAAAAACAAACAGCAUGUGAAGAACCUAUAAAUGUAACAUCAGUAACCUUUUAACUCGUACAGCCAUAGUUGUGGAUAUAAAAAGAAGAUUCUUUGAAGAACCAUGGCUUCUCUGUUUGCUUCUAUUUAUUUUAUUUUGUUAUUUUUUUUUACCUUUUUUCGUGCAGGCAGAGAAAUUCUGCUUCAGACACCCCCACCAGAAGACGCUUCUGUUAAAUAAGAGUCAUCUUACCUUUAAGAGCCGUUGCGUUACUACAGAGGGCGGUGCAGGGGCAGCAGUGUGAUGGAGGCUGGCCCUGGGGCGUCAGUUUACUCCAGCUAACUCCAAAACAGCUGAAGACAGGGGGGCUGAAAGAGACAUUAGCGAUCCUCGCUCUAGGAGGGGCAUAAAAACACUUCAGGUGCUUUUUUGAUCGGGUUUUAUAAGGAGAUCUCUGCUGGAUCUCCCUCACUGCGCUCCGCCCGGUGCUUGAGGACAGAAGAUGCCCAGGCAGUUCCUCUGCCCAGUGUUCGGCUCGUCACUGUGGUUGGCACUGAUACUCCAGUCUCUCAUUUCCUCCGCCGCUACCUACAGGAGACCAGUGUCCGGAGGGAAGAGACAGAGCUUUCUGGAGAGAACCUUAAUUUUACUGGACGUGAAUACUCGAAGCCCGGUGAAAGUUUUGAAUGACAACUUCCUCUCGCUGCAGUUGGACCCAUCUAUCAUAAAGGAUGGCUGGCUGGACUUCUUAAGCUCCAAGCGGUUAGUCACUCUGGCACGGGGACUCUCUCCAGCUUAUUUGAGGUUUGGGGGCAAACGGACUGACUUCCUUCAGUUUCAUAACCUGAAGAAUCUUGCAAAGUUUAGAGGGCCUGGACCGGACUAUUACCUCAAAAACUAUGAAGAUGACAUAGUGCGCAGUGACUUCGCCCUGGACAAACAAAAGGGUUGCAAGCUGGCCAGCCACCCAGACAUGAUGCUGGAACUGCAGCGGGAGAAAGCGGCUCAGAUGCAACAGGUCUUGCUGAAAGAACAGCUCUCCAACAUCUACAGUGAAGUUACAUUAACAGCCAGGUCUUUAGACAAACUCUACAACUUUGCCGACUGCGCGGGACUGCACCUGAUCUUUGGGCUGAAUGCCUUGCACAGAAACCCUGACAACUCAUGGAACGCCUCCAGUGCUCUGAGUUUGCUCAAAUACAGCGCCGGCAAAAAAUACAACAUCUCCUGGGAGCUCGGCAAUGAGCCGAACAGUUACCGCACAAUGGCUGCUCGUUCAGUCAACAGCUCUCGUCUGGCUCAGGAUUACACUCUUCUGAGGACGUUACUGCAGUCGGUGCGUUUCUACAGCCGAGCUAACCUCUAUGGGCCAAACAUCGGCCGUCCUCGUAAAAACGCAAUCCUGUUACUAGAUGGGUUCAUGAAAAACGGUGGUUCUGUGGUUGACGCAGUAACGUGGCAACAUUACUACAUUGACAGGCGGGUGACCAAAGUGGAAGAUUUUCUGAAGACGAGACUUCUGGACACCCUCUCUGAACAGAUUAACAAGGUCUUAAAGAUCGUUCAAACUCAUGCUCCAGAGAAGCGUGUGUGGCUGGGUGGAGUUGGUCCUGCUUGGGCAGGGGGCACCAAUAAUUUGUCUGACUCAUUUGCUGCUGGUUUUCUAUGGCUCAACACUCUUGGUAUCGCUGCAGCUCACGGAAUUGAUGUUGUACUCCGACAUUCUUUUUUUGAUUAUGGAUACAAUCACCUCAUCGACCAGAACUUCAACCCUUUACCUGAUUACUGGUUAUCUCUGCUCUUUAAACGUCUGGUGGGCCCCAGGGUGCUUGCGGUGCACGUCGCAGGUCUCCAGAGGAAACCACGACCUGGGCGGGUGAUCCGAGACAAACUCCGCAUCUAUGCGCACUGCACCAGUUUUCACAAUCACGAUUAUGUCCGAGGGUCCAUAACCAUCUACAUCAUCAACCUGCAUCGAUCACGGAAGAAAAUCAAGCUGGCCGGGACUUUACGAAAUAAAACUGUUCACCAAUACCUGUUACAGCCCUUUGGCACAGAUGGACUUCACUCCAUGUCUGUGCAGCUGAACGGAGAGCACUUGCGUAUGGUGGACAAUGAGACGUUCCCUGAGCUGAAGCCACGGACGCUCAGGGCAGGAAGAACAAUAGCUAUGCCACCUGUUUCCAUCGGCUUCUACGUCAUCAAGAAUAUUAACGCUUACGCCUGCCGCAGAUAACACACACUGACGACCUCAUACGAUCUUCUGCUCAAUGCACCAGCCCCUCGUGGCCUUCUCUUUUUGUAAGCCCACGGAGACGUGGAAAAGACCCCUUCGUUCAAGCAAGGGUUGCACUGAAUGCUUCCAACAACAUUUCUCCUCUUUUUUUUUUCCCCACAAGAGCAGCUUGACUUGUGGAAAGUGAAUGUAUUUUGGUUGCCCUUUUGUGUUUUUGUUGCUUUUGGUUGCAGGAGCAUAUAAUGAAGUCUCUGUCUCACUGUUUUUCACACUAUCAUCACAGUAUCACUGAGAGCUCUGUAAUCUGAUGUUGAAGACCAUCGUAAGCUACAAUCCCAGUGCCAAUGUGCAGUUCAAGAUGCGGUAAAAUCAUUUUGAAGUAUGCCCAGGCUGAAUCGAACUUUUUUCCACAUUUUCUGCUGUAAUUUUGGGGGGAAACCCUCUUAAAAAAUAAAGGUUCCAUGAAGUGCUCCUAUUAUGCUAUUUUAAAGGUUCCUAAUUUUGUCUCCUACAAAAUAGGCAAAAAUGCAUCCAAAAAAGUCAAAAAACUUGAAUUGUAUAAUAAUAUACAUUGCAGUGUCACCUCUUUUCUCAGUGUUUGAAACAGUUAGAUCAAGGAUCCGAUCUUUUCGAGAGCCUACUCUUCUCAGAUUGGUCAGUCUGGCACAGUCUGUUGUGAUUGGUCUACAGCUUAAGGCAGGAAUACACCAAGCCGACGGUCGGCCGUCGGGCAGUUUUUGUUCGUCGGCUGACUAUGUUUUCUCAGUGUGUUCUGCACCGUCAGCUUUUUUUUGGCCGAUUCGACAUGUUGAAUCGGCGUCAGAGCUCAUCGGUCCGUCAGGCCAUCUGAUUAUUCUGAUUGGCUGUUCAGCUACUGCCACCUGCUGGUACGGAAAGGCAUUCAUCUUGCGCAGGCGCAGAACGGGCGUGCUACUUGGCCAUCGGCUGUCGAGCGUCGGUUUGGUGUGUCAGGGCAACUUUGGACACAGAUGCUGCCGACGUGAGCCAACCCUGCAGUCUGCGUUCGUCGGCAUCGGCUUGGUGUGUUCCUGCCUUUACAGUAUGUGUAACAAUCCGAAACUCCCAUUACCAACUGAAUUAUAGGCUACGGAGGCUUCCUCAAGCACUUGAUACACAAUUAGGGCUGUCACAGUGAAGGAAUUUCCCUUGUGGUAAUUAUGAAUGGCUCAAUAGUGCAAUAUGCGGUAUUACCGGCAUAUAUAUAUAUAUAUAUAUAUAUAUAUAUAUAUAUAUAUAUAUAUAUAUAUAUAUAUAUACGAAAUACAAAACUUAACUAAAUAGAGCGUUGGAAGUGGGAAGUGAAGUGAACAGAAGAGAAUUUCAUAAUAAGAGUCCGCAUAACAGAGCAUAAACCUAACAAUAAGAUCGUAGGGCUAUUGUUCUAUGUAUAAUAGUUAGUUCCGAUCCUCGAAUUUGAAUGGACAAGAGACUUUCUGCUGAUAAUUCACCAGUAUAAGCAGAACUUCUCAUCUCUGCGCGUUCUAGACAGGCUAUCAGUCAGUGCAGUUACAUUGUUACGCCACAAGGUGGCGGCAAGGGACUAUCUUUUGGGUGAGUCUUUAAACUAUUCAUUCAACUACACAUCCAAAAAUGCAGAUUCAUUCAAAAACAAGCUGUUGAAAUCAUUUUAACUUUGAGUGCCACUUUAGAAGGCUCAGUUGAUCAGUAAUGCGUCAAUGCUAAGACAGAGAUUUCGCUAUCCUUGGACAUGACAACCUUUUUUCACGAAUAUAUGUCUCGGCCUGAAGGACAGACGCAGGUAAUCGCACACGCUCAGUCGAUCUCUCACAUUCAUUGUCUGUUUAGGCUUGUUAAGCGCAAAUCUACAGAGCCUCCGUACAAAUCACCAUGGUACCCAUUAUUUUAUCAUUACUAACUUAUUUAAUAUUCAGUACACAUGCAUGAAGUGUAAAACCAGAAGGGCAUAACCUUAUGGAAAAAAACACACAGAAAUACCGCGGUUGCUACAGUUUUUGCAUUCCUCUCUGCGGUUGGCUCGUCAAUAGAUUACGAUAUUGCGGUUGGUAGCCCUAUACACAGUGAUACGAACAUAAACAAUGGCGUCUGUUUUACUGUAUCAACCUCAUCCUUUUAGAAGCGCAUGCAAAGUGCAAAAUUUGUUAUACAGCGCCUUCUCAACAUGUAAUUAUGCAAAUUUGUUACAAACUUACAUAGGUUGGUGCAGGAAGUAAGACUGAAAUUACUGACGACAACAUUUCAGGCAGUUCAGAAUUGGUUCUUUCUUUUGGGAGACUUUUGUGCACUUUGCAGACCUUUACACACAGCUAUAUUACACACUACAUGAAAAGUAAUAUCCAAAAAAAAAAAGCAUAAUAGGGGCACAUGGAAUCUUUCCAUCCCACAAAAGUUUCUUUAUAAUGGAAAAAGUUUCUUUAUAUUUUUAAGAUGGUUCUUCUAUGGCAUCGCUGCAAAGCCCCCUUUUGGAACCUUUACUUUUAAGAGAGUGUGGAAUGAAUUUAAACAUGGUGAAAUGUGUUAAACAGAACAGACAGUACUACACUCUUAUUGGUCGCUGGAAACAAUAUUUUAAUGAUGAAAAUGCACAGGGCUAAAGACCCCAAAUGACAGCCUUUCCAAUUCUCCGGAGUUCUGUGGGUGCAGAUUCUGUGUGGGCCUGUCUGUCAACUUAAUGUGAUUUAGCCGAGGAGGACGUGUUCCUGGAUCAACAUCCUUGUUGGUUGUUAAACAACAUUCCAGUUUGUGAGCCAAUCAGAUUUUAGUGAUAGAUUUAAGGGGGUAGAACGAUGUUCUUUUCUACCAAUCAUUGUUCUUGGAUGUUAGGAGUAGAUUAUACUUAGGGUUGCAAGUGUUAGGACUGCGAAUGUUUGCUAGAAAUGUUGUUCCAGAACCAACAAAGGAGGUUAAUCCUGCUAAAUCACAUUGUACAAAUAACCGUUUGAUCUGAAUUACAUCUAUCUUGUGUAAUUUUGUUUCUGGGGUCUAAAGCCAAAAGGGCAAAUCUCGAUUUGUAAUCUUUGUUCUUCAUCACAGGACCGUAAAUAUAAACUGUCCUUUACACCAUCUUUAUAACUUUUUUUUUUUAUAAAACAUUGACCCAUGCCCUAACUAAUAUAGUGCAGUCUUGGGAUUUUUAUUUGUAUUUUUGUUUAGUUGCUGCUUUAUAAGUUCAAACUGUACAACGAUUAAGGUACUAUGGGAAGAUACAGAUUACUAAACAUCCUUAUAUUUCAUUGCUAAAUUUGAAAGGAAUCACAUAAUACACAAAACCAAUCAAUCAUCUUUAUGCAUUUCAAAAUGCAUGGGUUUUCUGAGAAAUACUGUUCUAUAUUUAUAAUGUUUACAAGUUUACAAGACUUCCCAUUGUAGUUCAGACUCUCUUGAAGCCUGAAAGGAAAGACUAGGGAGUUUUUGAAGGUACCAGUUUGCUUUAUGAAAAACUCUGUAUCACAUACAGUUUGUUGAGGAGCUCAGGAAAUUAGCUCAAUUGUUGUCCAUUAGUGUCAUGUGUAUGUAUUCUAUAACAUUGUGAACCUGAGCUUUCAGUUCUCCAGAUUUUGUUUGCUAUAUUAAACACUACCUUAUUCCGUGUUGAUACAGGGGCCCUAAAAAGUGUUGGACAGUUAAGUCACACUUAAAAAUGUAAUUACAUUGAAAAAAUGCCACUUGGCUUGAUAAUGUGUAAUUAAUAAAACUUUUUUUUUAAGUGUUGCAUGAGUGUCCAAAUACAUUUAGGGCCGCUAUAAAUCCCAUGUACAGCAAUUCCUUUGUGCUGCUAGCUGACUAAAUAAUAGUAAUAAGCAUGAUGAGUGACAAAUGUCUUUGUACAGGUUCAAACCUUUUGUUAUAUUAGUAAAUGUACAUACAAUUGGUUUUUUAAACAGUGUGCUUCCUUGCUCUAUAAAUAUUAUUUAUAUAAAUGUAUAUGUGUGUUUACGAGUGUGUGUGUACAUAUUUACAUAUUUUGUUAAAAAAAAAUAGUUGACUUUUAUUUAAGUCACUGCUUAUUGUCAGAUAAUUAAUAUUGUACAAUAAUAAUAAUGUACUUUUUGUAAAACAUACAGCACAGACUGAUGUUAAUGUUUGGCAAUAAAAAUGGCCUCUCAUUUUCAAAUGUAUUGAGUUGCUCACAGUAUGCACACUUGUGUGUAUCACAAUGUUUUGCAUUGUAUGUUCUUUGGUCACUAAACCACAAAGCAAAAAUAGUAAUUCGGCUUUCAAACGGAGGUUUUUGGAAAGUGUUGGCUCUUUAUUUGGUCAUAACAGUGUGUAUAGUCAGUUUUCCAGGGUCAAUAAUUCUGUCUAAAUCAUAUUUUAUUAGAUUUGGAAGAUUCUUUUGUGUUUUAGAGAUUUGUAUGGUCUUUGAUUUGUAAAAUGUCACUUUUACAAGCUAUUUUUCCUUUCUUGAAUGUGUUUAUUGCAAAUUUAGAGUUGUUAAUAUUUUUUUCUGUUAAAGAGCAUUAUUUUAUUAUGGAAAUGUUUGUGUCUGGAUAUUAUUUUUGUCAAAAUAUAUAAAUAAAAUAAUAGUAAAAAUG